AUGGCAAAGCAGAAAGUCACUACUAAAAGCUCGAAAAGGUAUACGUACUCGUCAUUCAAAAGUAAAGUUGAUAACUUGCGUAUCGAGCCAGCCAGAAAUUUGCAGAAAAGAGUUCAUGACUAUGUUGAAAGCUCUCAUUUUUUAGCAUCCUUUGAACAUUGGAAGGAAAUUAAUUUAAGCGCAGAGUUCGGCCGAUUUGCGGACAAAGUGGAAAAUCUGGUUCAAACUCUACCACAAAUCAUCUAUCAUGAUGAAACAAUCUUUGAUUCUGUAAUUUCGAGCAUUGAAAAGCAUGAUGAGUACUCACUUGAGCCGCUGCUUGAUCUGUUGGCGCAGUUCUGUCACGAUUUGGGACCUGAUUUCCUUAAAUUUUACGAGAGAGCACUGACGUCGCUAAUACGCUUGUUAGAUAGCGCUGUCAAAUUCGAAUCAUCUAAGGUUUUUGAAUGGGGUUUUAACUGCUUGGCAUACAUUUUCAAGUAUUUGUCGCGGCUACUGAGUGACGAUCUCAUGCCCACAUUUAAUCUGCUCUUCCCUUUACUAUCGCACUCAAAGCAAUACAUAUCCCGUUUUUCAGCAGAGGCCUUAUCAUUUCUCAUUCGGAGAUCAAAACAAGUGUCUUUAAGCACUUUUUUAUCCUUUUCCUUCGAGAAACUGGAUAAUUUAGAAGACUCCAACCUCUAUGAUGGUAUGCUUUUACUUUUCUCCGAAGCCUUAACUUCCACUGCAAAUGCGCUACAUUCAAGAUCCAAGAUGCUGAUUGAAGUGCUACUUGAUCAGGUUUUGUCAAGAGGUGGGGACAUCGAGGUUAACCUCUUUUGCGAUGUUUGGUUGAAUAUUGCGAGACAUGCUUCAUCAGAACACUUAGCUCCUCUGUAUGGGAUAAUAAAUGAAAGUUUACGAGCUAAACUAAAGUCCGCCAAUCCGAAUGGUAUUGCCAAGGUUCUGACAACCUUGGCUUUCGCCGAGAGUGGAAAAAAAGUGACCGAUUGGUCGGAUUUAGUGCUUUUGGGUGAGCAAUUACUUUCCCUUCCAAACGAAGAGACAAUCAAUUCAAUGAAUCUUACUUUUAUGAUAGCGGUUUUAUUUCGAAACUGCGAUUUGAAGACUUUAACCCAACAUCAUAGAACACUUUUUGAGCGCUACCUGCAAUGCUGCAAAGAAAAUUUUAUACCGUUUUUUGCCUUUUUGUUGAGUAUCUGCAGCGAGAGGGCGCUGACCUUCAAUGGUGGCUGGUAUCUCCAACAAUACCUCAACCUACAAUCCACUGAUUGCAUUAGUAAGCUAGCUUUAUUUUCUUCACGUAUGGAAGAGAUGCCGCACGCUGCUGCAAAGCUACAAGUUAGCAUUCCAAAGGAGCUUGAAUCUUCGCUGCUUGCUUUUAUGCAGAGCAAUUCCACAAACCUUUCUGAUGAAAUUUUAUUCAAGGUAUACCAGAACGCAUUAGUUUUGAGAUAUGGAACAUCAAACUCGCAAAAUGGUGCAGCAGUUCCACUCUCCCUGGCAAAGCGUUUAAUGGAAAGCGUGGACGGUAUAAACGAAUUCAGCAAGGAUGUUAUUGGUUACCUCCUUCUAAUAAGCGAUGGUUGCGGUGAUUCUCAAGUUAGCUUCGCGAUAUCAGUGUUGGAGAGAUUGGCUGAUCUGAGAACUAGUGUUUAUUUUAUUAAGGGCUUCAACAGAUUUUUGUGCAGUAUGAUGACUAACAAGCAUCUAAAAGCCGCUAUUGAGGAUCAUAAGGACGCUUUAUUGAGUCUGUCUGAUAACCUUCUUUUUCCGGAUCGAGAAAUCCGCUAUGAAACCAUUAAAUUGGUUGAAACAUUACUGAAAGCCGGAGGAGUAGAGCUGCCACAACUCUUGCAUGAUUGCAGGAACUUGGAAGACGUCCCUUUAACGAUUGAAAACGCGAGGGAUAUCACCACCAGAAUCAGGGGGAUGGGCGCUCACUUCAUUAAUAUGGAUCGAGAUAUUCUGCUUGAUACCUUCUUCAUAAAGCAUUUAUUCGGUUUGCUCACGGUGCGUUUUUCACCUAUUUGGGAAGGUAUUUAUGAGCUUAUACCAAAAAUCUACAAUCAAAACGAAGCAAUGAUAUGGGAGCUUUUGAAGACUUUCCUCAGACUCUCUGAAGUCGACGAGGUAAUCGAGUAUUAUGACAUAUCGCCGUCUGAAGUAUUUAAUGCUAAUUUCUGGGAAAGCAGAGUUCCAAGGCUGAGGGAAAUGUUAGGUGCUUUUGACGGCCUUUGGAAAGAUUAUAACGAUUCUGAUAGCACUUUAUUGCAGGUUUUGAAACAGAGAAGGGGCUCUGGGAAAUUAUCGCCGCAGAUCAGAACUCAGAUGCUGAGAAUCAUGGCCAUGAUACCUCAGGUUGUCGAGCGUCAUUCUCGUGAUAUCGUGCCUUACAUAUUCAAUCAAGGAGAGUUUGAACAGAUAUUUGAUGUCAAGCAAGGUGAGGAUGAGACGCUCUCGAAUGGAUCCAAUUGGACAGAGGCUGACCGCAACUCCCUUCUGAAAAUAAUAGGGAAAUUUAAAAACAUUAAGUCUAUUUACAAGUCUUCGGAAGUACGUGACCGCUUAAUGGUGCUUUUAGGAAGCAGGAGUAAUGAGGUGCAAAAAAUUGCCUUGGAGUGCUUAUUGGCAUAUCGAGAUCCUGUCUUGAUAAAGUUCAAAGACAGUAUGUCCAACCUUUUGGAUGAUUCCCUAUUUAAGGAUGAAAUAACUCGUCUUUUAACAAGUUCACAGAUUAUCAACGAGCAAGAGGAAGCGGCGCUUAUGCCAUACGCUUUGAGAAUCUUAUUUGGUCGUGCUCAAACUCCGAAUACUAGCGGCGUUAGAAAAGGUAGAAAGCAUGCUGUCAUGUCGGUUUUGCCAGGCCUGAAAGAUAAGUUCAUCGAAAAAUUCUUCGAGCUAGGGAGCAGCAAGUUUGAAUAUCAAUAUUUCUUCGAAAAUGGUCACAGGGUGAAUCCAGACGAAUUCACUUUGCCUACUCUAAGAAGAAUGAUAGGAUAUGUGAACAUUUUGAAUCUUUCUUUCGAGGUCCUCGGUUCCAAAUUUUCGCAAGUGAAAUCCAUUACUUUACAACCACUUCUAUACACCGUUGCUAUGUCUUAUUAUGGCAGCCAGCAACUUGCCACAGAGGUGCACAUUGACAAAAUGGUUAGCAAUUUACGGCAACAAUCGUUGAAGUGUCUGAACAGCCUUUUCCAAAGUAGUGGUGACUGCUCAGCGCUUACGAAAUCGAUGCACGAUAUUCAAGAAAUAGUGAUCAGACCACGAAUGGAAAAGUUUGAGGACGAAAAUUUGCAGCAGGUUUCAUCUCUGAUGAAGAUGAUUCUUUACUGGACAAGCGACAGCUCAUUAUAUCGCUACCUGUAUUACGAUGAAUAUUCGAGCUGUAUGGCCCUCAUGAAUGUCCUUUCAAAUCCAAACGCUAAGGAAUCUGUGGUUGGUCCCAUCCUAAAAGCCGCGAAUGACAUCGUUUGUAAACCAAUUGUUGAUCAUGAAUACACCGGUCUUGUUGCACUAGUCGCUGCGACUUCUUUGAAGGUAUUACCACGCUUGUACAACAACCUUUCUGAAGCCUCUAACCUGUCUCUGGUUAUUGACUUGGUUCUCAACCUUGUCAACUGCGGCUAUGUUCAGGAUAAUGAAACUACCCGACAUUUAUUAGAUUCUUUAACUUUGGUAAGCAAAGGAAAAUUCAGAGGUGUGAGCAGAAAAGAUAUGGCAAAGGUUUUGCAAAUUGUGGCGGCCUUGAUUGAGAGUUUUGAAUGCUCGUGGUCCGAUGUUUUCGAGCUAUACAGAGCAGUCUCGUCGCUCUACGAAGUCUUUGCAGAGAAAGAAAUAAGAGAAGGAAUUAACAGAGUGCUUUUCAGUUUUGCCAAGCGUUUUUCCAACCUUGAGAAAGUUGCGCAACUAGUCUCGAACCUCAAUUCCUACUCCUCAAAACGCUUGCAGGAAUACGACUUUCCAAGAAUAUUAUCCUCCUUUCAGGAAUUUAACGAAAAGACGUAUCAUGAUUACACAGAGCUUGAAUGGCUUCCCGUUAUUUAUUCAUGCUUGUUUUUCAUCCAUGAUAAAGAGGAACUAGCAAUAAGAAGCAAUGCAUCGCAUACACUAUUUACAUUUGUGGAUUAUAUCAACGAAAAAAGCUCGCAAGAAUCUGCUGGUGAUGGUAUCGAAAUUUUGGAGAAGGUUGUUUUAUCGAGUGUGCGCUCUGGCUUACAGAAAACCUCAGAAGAUGUCCAGAGGGAGUAUAUUUCCGUUCUGGCGUACGUUGCCCAGCACAGCAUAUACUUCAAAGGGCUUGAGGAUAUGAAGAUAUUAUUAUUUGAUGGUGAUGAGGAAGCAAAUUUCUUCGUCAACGUGGUUCAUGUUCAGCUGCACCGUCGAUUAAGAGCUGUCAAGCGGUUAAGAGACCAUGCAAGCGACCUGUCGGAUAGCAGCAUUGCCCACUAUCUAAUGCCCAUUAUUGAGCAGUAUGUUUUCUCCGAGGAAGAGAAGUUUAGGAACAUUGGGAACGAAGCCUUGUUGACCAUUGGGGUCCUUUCGAAUCAUUUAUCUUGGAAUCAGUACAAAGCAUUGUUCAGACGGUAUAUCUCCUUGUUGAAAUCAAAACCAGAGCAAUCGAAAGAUGUUGUGAACCUCAUAUGUCAGAUUUCAGUCGCUUUGCGAGAGACACUUUGUGUCUCAAGAGGAAAAAUAAAAGGAGGCAUCGCCUUGCAAAAACUCCCAGCCAGAUUGGAGGAUCUCGAUACUUUCAUCUUCACAGAAGUUUACCCAAAGCUUUGUAAGGUAAUUGAGAUCAGAGAUAGCGAAACAAUAUUAAAGAGAAUACCUUUGGCAGAGGCGUUAGUAAACUUGAUUUUGGGUCUAGAAUAUGAGAGAACUGUUGAACUUCUGCCAGGAAUUCUGACUAGUGUGUGUCAGGUUUUGAGAAGCAAAUCAGCGGAGGUACGAGACGCAGUCAGAAAAACACUCGGAAACAUCUGUUGUAUUUUGGGUGCCAGUUAUCUCACAUUUGUAAUUAAAGAGUUGACAUCCGCUUUGAAGAGGGGUUCGCAUAUUCAUGUUCUAAGCUUCACUCUUCACUCUAUUCUGAAAUCUAUGGAGGAAGUCCUAAGCCACUCAGACUUAGAUCCAUGUUCUGAUAUGAUAGCAAGGAUUCUUAUGGACGAUCUAUUCGGCAGCACUGGUGAAGAAAAGGAUUCAGAAAAUUACCAUACCACGAUGAAAGAAGUCAAAGUGAACAAAAGUUAUGACACAGCGGAGAUGUUAUCAGCAAAUAUCUCACUCUCUAUGUUCUCUUCAAUUUUGAGCCCAAUCAAAGCCCUGUUAAUGGAGCGAAUUAACCUUAGAAAUCAGAAUAAACUGGAUGAGCUUUUGAGAAGAUAUGCCCUCGGUUUGAAGCACAAUUCAGAGUCUUCUUCUCCUGAUGUCUUGGCUCUGUGCUAUGAGAUAUUUCAGCAAGGUCAAGAGAAAACAACUUCGAAAAGUUCCUUGCAUAACAGCGCUUCGGAUGAGCGCAUGGACUUUUUUUUGGUAGAUUUGAAUGCCAAACGAGAAAAGGUUCAAAAUGACCUAUCGCAUCUCAAUAUCACGUUGCAGAAAUUUGCAUUAGAACUGCUAAACGCCGUGCUAUUCAGAAACAGGCACCUGUUAGACCCACUCUAUCUUGAUGGUUUUAUUCCUCUGUUAAGGAUCGGGAUCGUUUCGGAGAAGGAAUCUGUGGUGGUAAACUCACUUAAGGUCCUAAUCUUGCUCGUGAAGCUAAAUUUUCCUGAAGAGUCCGAAACAAUCUUUAAGAGCGCUGCUAGAAUCGUUCUAAGCAUCAUCAAAGACUGUCCGUCCACCUCGAGCGAGCUGUGCCAGAUGGGUUUGAAAUACUUGUCUUCCUUCAUUCGUCACAAGAAUGUGGAAAUGAAGGAUUCGGCCUUGAGCUAUGUUUUGAGUAGAAUUUUGCCUGAUUUGAACGAACCUCACAAGCAAGGAUUGGCUUUCAACUUUCUGAAAGCCCUAGUGGCUAAGCAAAUAAAACUACCAGAACUGUAUGAUGUCAUGAAUUCGGUAAGGGAAAUCAUGGUCACCAAUCACACGAAAGAAAUUAGGGAUAUAUCAAGAAGUGUCUAUUAUCAGUUCUUGAUGGAAUACGAUCAAAGUAAAGGACGCCUCGAAAAGCAAUUCAAGUUUAUGGUCGAUAAUUUACAAUAUCCCUCACAAGAGGGAAGACAGUCUGUUAUGGAGUUGAUUAAUCUGUUUGUUAGCAAAGCUAAUGCGGCCCUGUUGUCGAAAUUAUCUUCAUCUUUUUUUGUUGCCCUUGCUAACGUUUUUGUUAAUGACGACAGUCCUCGGUGCAGAGAAAUGGCGGGCAUUCUAAUUACGAAUCUCUUGAAAAAGCUUGAUUCUGAUAGUCUCCAGGUGGUGACCACGUACAUCAUUGCAUGGCUAAGACAGGUACAUGAGCCCUCUUACAUAAGUCUGGGAUUGAGAAUUUACAAGUUGUAUCAGGCUGCCGUCGGUGAGAGUGUUUCAGCCGCUUUAGAAGAUCUGGCACUCAGUCGCACAAAAGACUGCAUUGAGAAUGCUGAUACAGAGCUCGAAGAUCAAUGGGUGAUGACGUAUACAGCGCUAACCGCCUUCGACUCUUAUGUUCAUAGGCAGCCAAAAAUCGUCUACUCAAAGAGCCUUAGAAAUACAUGGAACAGCGUCAUCAGUCUCCUUUUAUACCCCCAUUUGUGGGUACGUCAUGCAUCAGCCAGGCUUGUUGGUUUUCUGAUAGAAAAUGUCGAUAGCUUUGAACAUCCGUUCAGUGACUCUGAGAUUCAAACAAUAGUAUCGAGAAUAGCUAGGCAGCUAAGUGCUCCCUCUGUAUCGAACGACUUGGCCGCUGUAUCUAUCAAAACGCUACUGAGAAUUGCAACUCGCUGGAAAGAGCAGAAAACGGACUACGUUGAGAGCGAAGACGAUGCACUUCAGGGAAAGCGCCAUACUUCUGCGAUAGCAUACAUGAUCAGCAGAAUUGGGGCUAUUAUAAGGAGCGAAGAAAACCAAGCUGAAUCCUUUGCAUCUAAAAAAGCAUGUAUCCAGCUUUUAGGCUUUCUGAUUCAACUUCUUGGCGACGAAUUGAGGAACGUGGCUGAGGCCCUCAUCAUGCCUCUUUUUGUCUAUCUGGAGUAUGACGUGAGUGCCAGCUUGAGUGGCGACCAGAAAGAGCUCGGCGCUCUAGCACAAGAAUGCCUGCAAAUGCUGGAGGCUAAGCUUUCCGUUUCAGACUUUACGAAAGCAUAUGCCAACGUUAAGCUGGAAGUGAUAAACAGAAGAAAAGAGAGAAAAGCCAAAAGGUCCAUUCUAGCGGUAACAGAACCCGAAAGAGCCGCUCGCCGUAAGUUGAAGAAACAUGCAAGAUCCAGGGAAAAAAGGAGACACGAGAAAGACGACUCUGGUUACUACCAGAGGAAAAACAAAAGGACGAGAACUUAA